AGCAGCGUGCUUGUUAAGGAAACAAAGGGCGGAUUCCAAUGCCGAAUCCGACCCUUUGUUCCUUUAUCUUCUUCAUCUUCUUCUUCAUCAAUUUCUCCUUUGUCCAAGCUUUUCUAAAACUAUUCGCUUAUUCUACGGACUCUCCUGAAAAAAGCAAGUGCUAUAACGACAUAGACAGUGGAUUGUGGGGAGAGAAAUGCAUGGCUUCAAUGAUGGAAAGGGAGAAUUGUUCCUUGAGAUGCCUUUCACGUUCUUGCUAUGAUCUUAUUUACAAAAAUGAUCCGCUGGAAGAAGGAGAGAGGGAUCAAGUUAGGAGGCAGGAAUAUAGUUACUGCAUGCGAAGAGUGCAAGGAUAUGGUAAUCAACUCAUUGUUACCAACACGGGAGGCUACUUUACAAUAUCUCAGGAUCAUCAGUCUGGUUAAAUAGAGAUUUUCAGAGAUACAAGGAUCAGCUAGAAUAUUGAGUAAAUAGGGCUUGGAGGAGAUGAUGCAAUUUAUGAAGGGGGGAAAAUGCAAAAAUUUUGUGUACCAAGGGCUUUAGACAGCAUUGCUUCCAAGAGAGGGUGCUUUUGACGCAAAAUUUUCAUGUGCGUAUUGGAAGUUUCAAAACUUAUUUUCCUGCAUAUUCUCACGCUUAGCACAGACGAAAAACGUGCGUGUCAUAUGUGUAAAUUUUAAUACUACAGAUAUUGUUUUCCUAUAGAGCUUCAAAAAAA